AUGCCAGCCAAACAUACGAAAAAACCUGAGCUCGCGCCUCACGCACCAAACGGCGAGGAGUUUUAUCGGGCUAAGGCAGAUUCUAUGGUACGCCAGCUGGCGGCCCUAAAUUCUUUUUUGACAGAGGAGCAGUUGGCCAAGUUCGACGAAAGUGAGUUGCAGGUGCGGUUGGACCUAAUCGAGCGCAUGUACUCUGACUUCGACAGCUCUCGACUUAACCUCGAACAACUUGUGCUUGAGGAGUUGGAGUCAGAUGCGCGCUUAACCUUUACCACGGCAUAUUGUGAGACGAAAGGUAAAAUCUGCCGCCAUCUCAACAGCGAGAAGAGAAAGUCGUUGGCAAAUUCAACUGAGUUGCAUGGCAUCCUCGGUGGACACGCAGCCGCCUUCAAGUGCAAUUCGCGGCCCACCAGGCUACCGGAAUUUCAGCUUCCGCGAUUUGGCGGAGCAUACAUCGAUUGGCCGGAUUUCUACGCCAUGUUCAACACUGUGGUGGGAAAGAACGAAGAUCUAACAAAAGUGGAAAAGUUUCAGCAUCUUCGUUCAUGUUUGGACGGCAUGGCACUGGACGCAAUUCGCUCGCUGGAGCCCACGGAAGAUAAUUACGACAGGGCUUUGGAAUUGUUAACGUCGAGAUUCGAUUAUAAAUUAUUGCACUUUCAGGCACAUGUUCGGUCUAUAUUCAAGCUACCAGGAGUGGAGAAGGGCUCCGCAAGUAGUCUGCGGCACUUAAGCGACAAGGCAAAUUCUCAUUUGCGCGCCCUGGCUACUAUGGCCUCUACACAGAAAAUAUAUGACGGCCUCUUAAUUCAUCUCAUCGCUUCAAAACUGGACGUUCAGACCCAGGAGAGGUGGGAAGAAGGAUUACCUUCCAAGGAGCUGCCAAGUUGGGAUAAAUUCUCAUCGUUCUUGGACCUUAGAUGCCGCAUGAUGGAAAAUUUGGAAUACGCUAUGGAUUUCGCAGAUACAGGAAAGAACUAAGGGAAUGACUUGGAGGCACGUACCGUCACGGCAGAAUCCGGCGGACAUCUUAUCUCGUGGAUGUACCCCUAUUGAGCUGAUGGAAUCAAAACUUUGGAGUGAAGGACCGCAGUUCGUACUCACUGAUUCUUCUACGUGGCCCGAUGACUCGCCCCCUGUCAAGGAACUUCCUGAGCGUCGACGCAGCGCAUUGGUGCUGUCGCAGGAAAUGGACAUCUCACACAGUUGCAAGUUUGGAAACUCGUUUUGGAGAAUGCAGAGAGUCUUCGGAUAUAUAUAUCGGUUCCUUCAAAGGGUCAGCAAGGAUCGAGUACGGCAUAAAGGAGAGCUUACAGUCGAG